AUGCUCGAGCAUAUCAGCCCCCGCUCCCUGCCAACCGCCGCCCGCACCACCCUCCGCUCCCUCUCUCGUUGGUGUGGCAGCAACCUCAACUUUUACCGAGUGCACGUCCUCGUCUUUACCUUUACCCCGCUUCUUGCCGCCUGUAUCUUCUACGCUUGCAACGGCGAAACGCAUAUCAGCUUCGUCGAUGGCCUCUAUGUCUGCGUAUCCGCCAUGACCGUCACUGGCUUGGUCACCUUCAACAUCAGCACCGCCAACCCAGGUCAGCAGGCCAUCCUCUUCAUCCUCAUGUGCAUCGGCAACAUCUCGGCCGUCAGCAUCACCAUGAUCUGGAUCCGUAGAAGCUUCUUCCGCAAGAAGUUCGAUCACGUUGUCCGUCGAAGCGCAAAGGUUCGUAAGCGCAUGCACGACGUCGAAGAGCAGGAGCGAAGGGAGCGACGCCACAACAUUGCAAAGAUCCAGCGCAUGGUCGGUCUCAAAUCCUCCGACAGCGUCACCACUAUCAGCGACACCGAAGAGCACGACCGUACCGACACCAGCUCCAGCAGCCAAAUCGAACUCCGCCGCCUCGAAAAGAACAAGCAAAAGAGCAAGGCAAAACGCAAACCGCUCCGCGCAGACAUGAUUCGUCGAAUCGACGGCCCUGCCUUUCUCAUCAACUCGGCCGGCGAUCCCUCCAACACCAUCCCCGAUUCGGCCAACACCACGCCAUUCACCAACGAUCCGCAUGCUUCGCUCACCCAAGAGCCCGCCUCGCUACGCUCAACUACACCACCUCCCGCGCAAGCCGCCGUCGGCAUCCUCAACGCCCAACAAGACCAUCACGCCUCAGUCACAUCCGACGAUCCCAGCCACCAGCCCAGCAUCCGAAUUUCGCUUCCUCAUCACUCUUUGCCCUCCGACGAGUUCACCCAGCACAAGGCCACUGCUGAUCCAACUCAGCCACCUCGUCAAACUUUCUCCCUUCCGCGUUGCGACCAUCGCCAUGACCCCGACGCCGACACCGACUCGGAUCAAGCAUCUCUCACACACCAAGGCGAUACGCACUUCACCCAACCACCGCUCUCGCCUCCUCUUCGCGCUCGCUUCCCCGAUCAUCAAAUCCCUGGCAGAGCAAGGCGAGUAUCAGAUCCGCCCCAAUCUCAGUUCCGUCGCGGUUCCGACACCGGCCUCGUUCACACAUAUGCCACGCACGAGAAGCACGACAUGUUCCCGCGCGCCCAAACCGUCGAAUUCGCCAUACCCAGCAACUACCGUUCUCCCAUCGAUGCGCAACAGCGAGAGCAAAGCUACACAACCGGUCACGGCGUCAAUCCUACUGGCGGCUUGCGCCACCGCAACACUACCUUCAAUCGUACCGUCACCUCACGCUCCUACGUCUCGGGUCGUCUUAGCAAUGGCAGGUCCGGCGUUCCGCUUGCACGUACCCAAACCUCGGCCAAACAGCGUGGCUUUGGUGGCUUCCCCACGCCAUUCGAGAUUGCCGGCAUGGCGCUCAAAAAGGCCGCCCCUGGUGUUCAGGAGCGCUUUCAAAGAACCAUGACCAUGCCUCGCACCGCCACAUUUACAUCCGUGCGCUCCGGCGGUGGUCUCACCGAAACGGCCAACAAGGCAGCGCCUUACCUUUCCUUCGAUGCCACCGUCACCGGCAACUCGCGCUUUCACGCCCUCACCGAAACCCAGCGCGAUGAGCUCGGAGGCGUCGAAUAUCGUGCACUCGACCUGCUCGCAAAACUUGUGCCUGCCUACUGGCUCAUUGUCAACCUCGGCAUGGUCACGCUCGUCGCCCCCUACAUCAGUAGCAACGCCUUUCGAAAGUAUCGCCCGCCCUUUGAAGCACAAGGCAACAACAGACCCGACAAUACCUGGUUCUGGUUCUUCCAAGUCAUCUCGGCCUAUUCGAACACGGGCAUGUCCCUGAUCGACACGAGCAUGACCCAGAUGCAAGACGCCUACUUUCUGCUCAUCCCCAUGGGCUUCCUCAUCCUCGCGGGCAACACCGGCUUCCCCAUUCUCCUGCGUUUCUUCAUCUGGACCAUCUCGGUGUGCGUGCCAUCCAAUUCGAGAAUCUACGAGACAUUGCGCUUCUUGCUCGACCACCCGCGUCGAUGCUUUGUAUACCUCUUCCCCUCGAGUCAGACCUGGUUCCUGUUUUUCGUCCUUGUCCUCUUCAACUCGGUCGAUUGGCUUGCCUUCCUGAUUCUCGACAUUGGUAAUCCGGUCAUCGAGUCGAUUACGCUCAGCAUCCGUAUCUUUGACGGUCUCUUCCAGUCGAUCGCCGUGCGCGCCGCAGGUUUCACCGUAGUCAGUUUGCUGGCGCUCGCCCCCGCGGUGCAGUUCCUGUACGUCAUCAUGAUGUACCUGUCCGCGUUCCCGCUUGCGCUCUCGGUGCGCAGCACCAACGUCUACGAAGAAAAGUCGCUUGGCGUCUACGUCGACGAGCCCGCGGAUCCGGGUCUAGCUCCGCAAGAGUCCGACAACCCCAAGGUGUGGGGUUCGUUCUUGGCAUCGCAUGCACGUCGACAGUUGGCGUUCGAUAUUUGGUGGCUCGGAUUUGCGCUAUGGCUUAUUUGCAUCAUCGAGCGCAAUGACAUCUUGGAUCCGAACUCAAACGGGUGGUUCACCAUCUUCAGCUGCCUCUUUGAGCUCACCUCGGCCUACGGCACGGUCGGGCUGAGUCUCGGCACACCAUUUGACAACUUCAGCUUGUCCGGACGCUUCCAUACACUCUCGAAAUUGGUGGUGUGUGCCGUCAUGAUCCGUGGCCGACAUCGAGGAUUGCCAGUGGCCAUUGAUCGUGCUAUCCUGUUGCCGUCCGAGUUGGAGCAGGAGGAUAUGUUGGACGAUGACCUUUCGCACCUUGGAGAUUCGUGGGAUCGCGACAGCACGUUUGUCUCUGAUCCGCUGGUCCCGACGCCUGGCGCGCCACGUCCAUCGAUGAAUGGGCCCGAUCAACAGCGCAGCAAUAGCAUCGGCAGUGUCGCUGGCGAAAGCAACAGUGGCAUGUCGAGCGUCCGACGCACACCAUCCGGCGUGUCGUUUGCCGUCCACCCGCUGGCGUCCAAGCCGAGGCGCAGCAGCAGCAUGUCGCCAAUGGCCAUGGAGCCACUUUCUCCCAAGCAACAGGCUGAACUAGCAUUACAGGAACCAAGGAGGAGCCUGACCCUCACGCUCCCACCCAGCAGUCUUCCCGCGCAUUAUGCAGGACCGACGCUCGGUGUGGGUGGAUUUGCGCACCAUCUUGGCGGGCUAGGAGGAGCAUUACCUCCGAGCAGCAGCAGCAACGCCAGCACUGUCGGUGGCGUCUUGGGAGCAAUGAUGGUCUCGUCGCCUGGCCAAUUGACGGCGAUUGACGAAAUGCCAAGCGGACUAGGUGCGAUGCCGACCAGCGAGAGUCGCUGCGAGUCUCCAGCCGGUGUCAACGCAAGUGCUGCUGCUUCGAACGCACAGAGCCAAGCACACGUGUUACCGACCACUUUCUGCACCAAUGUCGAGAGCACCAGCAGCACCAGCAGCGGCAGCGGCGGCAGUGGAUGCAGCGUGAAGGGCAAGGAACGUGCAGCGAUGCGAAUUGCGGACGAGGAUCGCGAACGACUAGUUGCCCAGCAUGCAGGUUGUUCGACGCCCGAUGGACGACAUGAUCCUGUGGAUGGCCAAGAUUAG